ACAUGUGGCGUUUCAAUUGAAAUCGAACAUUGUUGACUUGCGCCACUGUAAACAGUGCAAUACGUUUGCGAAGAAAUCGCUCUUGGACCAUCUGGCCGAUGCCAAUCGAUCCUCGAUUUCAGUAGUAGCCAAACGCGAAACAGGUCUUAUAAUGUUGAUUUAUCCAAAAAUAUCGCACUAGUUAAAAAAAACAGAUUCUAUCUUGGUCAGCCUGAGCAGUCUCAGACAACUGCAUUGAUGCUCGGACAGCAUGGAGCGCACCGGGAAGAUUUACCACACAACGAGAAAUUUUAUGUUCAAAUAUUUUUUGGCGUUUGUAUGGCUUGGGUUCAAUUUUGUUGUAUUCUGCAAAAUCUUCUCAAACUACCACCACGAGCCAAGAUAUUAUUACCUGAGUAAAAUCCUAGGGAUUGGAUUAUGCAUAUCCCGUGCAACUGCUCCGGUGCUAAAUCUCAUCAUGGCUUUGAUAACGCUUCCUAUGUGCCGAACAUUCAAUCUUUUCAUGAACUCUCUGUUCGCUCGAUGUUCUAUUAGAGCGUUGGUUUUCUAUCUAGAAAAAGUUAAGGCUGUACAUAUAGCGCUGGGUGCGUUUUUGAUUAUCGUUGGUAUGAUACACACACUGACCCAUUUAGCUAACAUAAUCAAUUUCAUUGAGCAUUAUAACGAAAGGUUCCCUACUAUCAAUUGGGCUGUUAGCAAACGUGAUAGUGUUUUCCGACUGCUAAUUGCCACUCCGACGGGAUUCUCGGGUUGUGUAAUGAUGAUUGCUCUGUUUGCCAUAGCGUAUUUCUCCAGUCGUCAAAUGCGAGAUCGGUUCUACAACAAUUUCAUUACUUCACAUCAUCUUUUCAUUGUGUUUUACGGCAUGAUGUUUUACCAUCCGCUCAGCAAUAUCCUGAAAUAUCAGAGUAACGUGAAGGCUCAUCCAAACGGUUGCGAUUUGAUUGAUGAAAACAUUUUCCGGAACGAUUCGGUUCUUCAAGCUAUCUGCAAAGAAGAUCCUGAGUUCACAGUAGAUGAAAAACACGCGUGGAUUUGGCCCUUGAUAGGAUUAUCUGUGUACGUCCUAGAUGUUACAUAUCGCUAUCUAAUUAUUCAUUCGAAUAGUAAAAGGGUUAGUACAUUGCAAUCGUAUGUACUUCCCGGAAACGGUAUCUACCUUAAACUGCGCUUUACUUGCAACAAACAAAUCUCGGUAAAACCGGGCCAGUACGUUCUGAUCCAAUGUCCUGCCCUCUCAACUCUCGAGUGGCAUCCUUUUUCCGUAGUUGACUUUCCAACAGCCAUCCAUAAUACGGUGUCUUUGGCAAUCGCAGUGCGAGGUGACUGGACGCAAAAACUCUACGAUGCUGUCUUGGAGAAAGAACGUUUCAAAAAAAGUUCUGGAGGAAUUGAGUACUACAGAAGAAUCAAAUUUCUCCUCGAUGGACCGUAUCCGUCACCAAUGGCUAGUAUGCUCACGAACGAACGCAUAGUCUACAUAGCCGCAGGAGUCGGUAUAACACCAUUCGCUGGUUUUGUUAGAUACUUACUAAAUAUGAAUGCUAAUCACCCUUCUCGAAUACAUCUGAUUUGGAUAGUGAAAAAUGCAGAGAUGUUCACCUGGUUUGCGGAUGAAAUAGCCAAACUUCAAGAUAGGUUUUGGAAACAGAAUAAACCGGAUCGGUUCACAAUGAAGUUCUACUGGACACAGAACUACAACCAAAACAUGAUAGAAGAAUACUUCAGUGAUUAUCCCACGCUCAAGGCUCGCAUCUACAAAGGCCGUCCUAUUUGGGAGGAAGUGUUUAUGGAGUUGGUUACGCUGUACCCACGAAAGCCGGUUACAAUCUAUAGCUGUGGACCGAGAAGUUUGACUAAAGAUGUAAAAUCAUUUUGCAGGCAGCAUAGGAAACAUGAAUGUAAAUUUACUCAUCUUCACUGUGGAUUUGGAUAGCUCAUGGACAAG